UAUACAAGUUUCGACACAGCAAAUUUAAGAGGUUUAUCCUGUGAAUAAGUGGAGUUUUACAUCUUUAUUCUCUUCUCAAUACACUGGAGUUWWUCAAGAAUGAAGCCCAAGCUGUUUAGCAUUGGUUUGUUGCUCAUAUUAUGCAAUUCCCAUGGCUGUUUUGCAUUCAAARAAGGYGUGAAUGGAGGAGUGUACUGUGCUGCUUGUAUCGCCGUGUCAGCGCUAACUGACCAGCUAAGUGUUAUACACAAUGAAACAUUUGUCCAAGCGUUUGAUAGAUUUUGUAACUUUCUCCCKGCUCCAAUUUAUAAAGGAGCUUGUGUUGAACUGGGCCGGUACUAUAUUCCUCAAAUUAUCCAGAUAUUGACUCGUGACGUUACUGCUGACGUCAUUUGCAACGCAGUUAARCUCUGUUAUACUGAAAARGGMUAUCCUACUUGYCAUGCGUUCCCUCCAAAGGGUGAUUUUGAUGAAAUACUUUACACGGCAAAGAAAAAGCUGGCAAUCGCACGAGACAAGAAGUCAUUGACRUUUUUAGAUGACAUCAAGGARCCAUUUUUUGACCCCUGCGUCUUGCCUGGUGUGAGAGAAUUGUGUCAGCUGAUUAACAGAGUWUUUAACARUCAUCAUCCUUUAGUGGAUUGGGAUAAUGAUUAUUUUAGUAGCGUUAGUUCAGCGUGGAGGGGAGUAUCAUGGAGGGGUAGGGACUGUGAUGAUUUYGACCCUCUUAUCAGACCAGGUGCUAUAGAGCAUGGAGAUGUGUUUUUAGAUGCMAAUUGUAAUGGGAUUUGGGGUUUUGACCCAGCUACCUUCAAAACAUAUGAAGAACUACUUUGCAAAGACACUGGCUAUCUAGGUCUGAUAGUACUGGGGGACUCUGUUGCAGCUCAUUUUCAUCUCCCCCCUCAAUGGCUGAAUGCUUCAGAGUUCAAAGCAGAAGUAUUUCAAAAUGCAGCGUUUAUAGUUGCCAAUGAGGUUGACUGGCCGCAGCUUUCACUAUAUACAGGACAUUAUAGUCAAUCCAAAUGGCCUUUAGACAAAGGAAAUGUUUCAUCGCUUUACUUAAAGUUAUUCCAAAGAAAUCACUGCAAUCAYCGUGACUACCAAAACUUAGCCAAGAAUGGUGCUGACUCUUUUGAUGCAAAUAACAUCCUAAUAGAGUCAUUAAACCGUAGAAAGGGUGUUGAUCAGCCAGCUCUUGUCAUUUACUCACUAAUUGGUAAUGAUGUGUGUAAUCAUUGGCAUGAUUUUGAUCACAUGACUACACCUGAACAAAUGAGAGCCAACCUUCUAAAGACCUUAGACACACUAGACAAGCAGCUGCCCAAUGGUAGCCAUGUUCUUGUUGUUGGCAUGGUUGAUGGCCGUGUGCUGUAUAAYAACAUGCAUAAUAGGAUCCAUCCGAUUGGUUCCUUACGUCGUGAUGUYACYUAUUCAAAGUUYUAUGACUUCAUGAAYUGCCUGCACGUUUCGCCAUGUUAYGGUUAUYUAAACACCAAUGAGACUGUMAGGAAUUUCACAGCAGAGAGAUCAUUUGCACUGACAGCUGUUAUGAAGGAUGUUGUAAAACAUGCCAAGUACAACAGCUUUGAUGUUGCAUUCAUUGAUAAUCCUUUCCCACAAAUUCUUGAGGAAUGGAAAGCAAAGGGAAACCAAAUAUGGGAGCUGAUUGAACCRUCUGAUGGUUUCCAUCCAAGGCUUGUAGCAGAGUCUUUAACGGCUGAGUUAGCAUGGAAAAUACUUGAAUCUAAGUAUCCCCACAUGAUUGGUAAGGUGAAUCCUAAUAAUGAAAAGAUUCGGCAGCUCUUUGGAAACCAAGGUGGAUAUUAAUAGAUUAUUGGAAAUAAUUAAUAUUAACUCCAAUAAUAUUGUCAGAUUCUAUAUUUUGUUACAAUCACUGAGAUACAAGGUGUAGCCUUAGAAACAUGCAAAAAUAAUUCUAUUAAGUUAAUAAUCAAUAUUUAUUGAAUUCAGCAAAUACCAAUAUUUUUGAAAUAUCUUGCAUUAUAUAGACUAGUAUAACAAAUGUAUGCUAUGUUUCUGCCAAUGGUAGGAGCCCCUACCAGCAGAUAUACAAUAUACUUAUAUGUUACUUAUGUAUCCAUAAAUACUACUUAUACUUUUUUAAUGAAAAUUAAUCAUAUGCACAGYUAUCUUUKAAAAGWUAUUAUUUAUCCAUACAUAUCCAAYAUUAUUUUGCUAUACKUUUUGGUAAAAUACYAAACAACACUUGRAUUACGUGAAUUGAAAACACUAUUUUUGUAAAGAAAUCAAAUAUUAUUGUAUACGCYUGCACUUGCUUUAUUAAAAGUAUAUUUUAUAAUUUUUUGGGA